AUGUGGUUUCUGGAGUUGUGUGGAGUGAGACCAGUGCUGGAUGUGUAUCCUGAUGUGUGUUUGUGCAAAGGUUGGAAGAUCAACUGCAACAGUAAAAAUCUCCAGCAGGUCCCAGCAGUGUCUUCUAAUGUUACAGCACUUGAGCUGAACAGCAACGGGCUGGUAUCUCUCCUUCCUGAUAUCUUCAUCCGUUACAAACACCUGGAGAGACUGCAUCUGGAGAAUAACAGUAUAGAGAUCAUCUCUAAGAAAGCAUUUUCUGGCCUUUUCUCCCUGCAAAAACUAUUUUUGAGUCAGAACAGAAUCUCUUCUCUGAAAGCUGGAAUCUUUUCUGACCUUAACAGCCUGGAGUGGCUGAUCCUGGAUGAGAACAGAAUCACUUCCCUCCCUCAAAAUUCAUUUGAGGGCCUUAAAUCAUUAUUCUUUCUGUCUCUGUUGAAUAACUCUUUGGAGCAGUUACCCAAGACCUCUCUUUGCCUUGAGAUGCCCCGCCUCAAUUGGCUGGAGCUGGAAGGCAACAAGAUUUCUUCUCUGUGGUUGUCCAGUUUUAGGAACUGCACGUCUCUGACAGUACUAGCUUUAAGGAAAAACCGCAUCAGAGCUGUCGAAGAUGGCACAUUCUCGAGCAUGCACCAGCUGAUAGACCUGGAUCUGUCUGUCAAUCAGAUUUUGGACCUCCCCCCAAUGCUGUUCCAAAAUCUUCAGCACCUCAAGCAGCUAAACAUCUCCAACAACCCUUUGACAUAUAUCUACGAAAACCAGUUUGACAGUUUUGUCAAUCUUCAGUCUCUGAGUAUGGAGGAGGUGGAGAUUCCGAACAUCAGCUUCCGAAUGUUCCGGUCUCUCAGCAACCUUUCCCACAUUUACUUUAAGCGGUUUGAGUACUGCGGUUACUCCCCCAACGUGCGGCGCUGUAAACCCAACACCAACGGCAUCUCGUCCUUCGAGAACCUGCUGGCUAACAUUGUCCUGCGUGUCUUCGUCUGGGUCAUGGCCUUCAUCAUCUGCUUUGGGAACGUCUUCGUCAUCUGCCUGCGCUCCUGCAUCGCGUCGGAGAAUGAGCCUCACACCAUGGCCAUCAAAUCCCUCUGCUGUGCAGACUGCUUGAUGGGUGUGUGCCUCUUCUUCAUCGGUGCCUUUGACAUCAAAUACUGCGGUGAAUACAACCGCCACGCCCACAUCUGGAUGGAGACCCUGUCGUGCCAGCUGAUUGGCUCCCUGGCCAUGCUGUCGACGGAGGUGUCGGUGAUGAUGCUGACGUACAUGACGGUGGAGAAAUACCUGCGUAUCGUGUUCCCCUUUCAGCAGUACCGCGCUGGACGCAGGCAGACACUCUGCUCACUAGCCUCCAUCUGGGCACUGGGCUUUGUGCUCGCCGCUGCCCCCUUCUGGGAUCACCAGACGUUCGGCAACUUUUACGGGCGCAAUGGCGUUUGUUUCCCUUAGCAUUUUGAGCAGGUGGAGAAGCCCGGAGCUCUCUGCUACUCCACAGGGAUAUUCCUGGGUUUGAACCUGUUAGCUUUCGUGAUGAUCGUCUUCUCCUACUCCAGCAUGUUUUACUCAGUGCAGAAGACGGCCAGGUCGGCCAGGCAGGUGGCCUUCAACCACGAGGUCUCCGUGGCCAAGCGCUUCUUCUUCAUCGUCUUCACCGACGCUGUGUGCUGGAUGCCCAUCUUCCUUCUGAAGAUCCUAUCCCUCCUCCGUGUGCCCAUCGCUGGGACCCUGGUGCUGUGGGUGGUGGUCUUCAUUCUCCCCAUCAACAGCGCCCUGAACCCCAUCCUAUACACCGUCACCACCACCUUCCAGCAGAGGAUCAAAGUGUGUCAGUGCUUCCGCUGCAGAGCUGACAACUGA